AUGCCUGCUAGUACUGAUGGCACUGAUCAGUCUAAAAUCACCCUACGCCGAGCCAAACAGCUAGUUGCUGGUUGGUUGGUGAUCUCUACGGCUCCUACCUAUCAAGGGCUUGCUUCUGUUGUUGAAGACGCUAACGACUCUGACACGGUUGUCAUACGUCCUCUCCGUCUUCAACCUGGUGGUGUUGGUUCAGAGGAACGAACUAAUCUUCGUGACUUCCUCCUCAAGACCCCUUACACGAUCAUUACUUGA